AUGGGGUCUAGGUUGAUUGGUGCAUAUAAACCUCUCGCUUGGAUGCAAUACCCAUAACUGCAUUUGUAUACAAAAUUAUUGAGUAUGUGUUUCACUAAGCCCAUAUUGCCUGAUACUUCAAUAUUAACAAUCAGCACUUUUAGAAGAAAGCCUGCAAAACUCAAAAAAGCCAAAAGAAAGCAAAGAAGAAAGAAAAUCAAACGAAUGAAUAAAGCCAAUAGAGAAAGACGGAAUUAUUGA